UUUGAUCGGUAAACAUCUCCAAAGCCCAUCCUUUGUUCUCCAUCCUUCUAGUCCAUAGUCCAGCCCGCAACUUUUGUCGCAUGGGAAAGGUGAGACCUCGCGCAGUCGAGAAAGGUGUUCUAGGGCACAGCUACGGCGCCGCCGAUCGCCACCCUGGCCGCGGCGAUGGAUCUCUCACUGUCCCUCCGGCUCCCGUCUUUUAUCCCACCGACGACGAGUUCAAGGAUCCCUUGGAAUACAUCUCCAAGAUUCGACCCCAGGCAGAGCCCUACGGUAUUUGCUGCAUCGUACCGCCGAAAUCGUGGAACCCUCCCUUCGCCCGCGACAUUGAAACCUUCCCUACGAAGACCCAGGCCAUCCACCGCCUCCAGGCUCGGCCUCCCUCAUACGACUCGGCGACCUUUGAACUGGAGUAUGGUCGGUUCCUCGAGCGUCAUCUCGGUAAGAAAGCUAAGAAGAAACUUAUGUUUUAUGGGUCGGAGCUCAAUCUCUGCCAUCUUUUCAAUGCUGUGAAGCGUUAUGGCGGCUACGAAAAAGUUUGCGACCAGAAGCGCUGGGGUGAUGUUGCCCAGUUUAUGCGAUCGGACAGGAAAAUAUCCGAGUGUUCCAAGCACGUUUUGUGUCAGCUCUAUAGGGAGCAUUUGUUUGAUUACGAGGAAUAUUUAUAUAAAUUGAAUUUUGAAAACAAGAAGGUCAAGAAGUGUAGAGAAAAGAUUUGUCAUGAAAAGGAUAAGGCAUUGAAUAGAAAGAGGAGGCGGAGGGAUUCUUUUGAGGAGAUGGGAGAGGUAAGUGGAGGGGCGUUAGAUCAGAUAUGUGAACAGUGUAACAGUGGCUUGCAUGGAGACGUAAUGCUACUCUGUGACAAGUGUGAUAAAGGUUGGCACUUGCAUUGCCUUUCCCCCCCUUUGGAUAGGGUUCCUUCAGGUAACUGGUAUUGUUUGGAAUGCCUUAAUUCGGACAAGGAUAGCUUUGGGUUUGUUCCUGGAAAGCAGUGCUUAUUGGAUGAUUUUAAGAGGAUGAAUGAUAGGAUAAGGAGGAAAUUGUUUGGACAGUUUAAGGCAACUAGAAUGCAGAUUGAAAAGCUGUUUUGGGAGAUUGUUGAAGGGAAAGCAGGAGAUUUGGACGUAUUAUAUGGGAGUGAUAUAGAUACUUCCAUCCAUGGCAGUGGAUUUCCGCGUGCCAGAGAUCAGGUGCUACCCACAGUUGAGGUUGAUGUGUGGCAGCAUUAUGUUUCCAGCCCUUGGAAUUUGAACAAUCUUCCAAAGCUGCAGGGUUCGAUGCUUCGUGUAGUUCAUGAUAAUAUUGCGGGUGUCAUGGUUCCUUGGCUUUAUGUUGGAAUGCUUUUUUCAUCAUUUUGUUGGCAUGUUGAGGAUCAUUGCUUUUAUUCAAUCAAUUAUUUGCAUUGGGGGGAUCCAAAGUGUUGGUAUGGUGUGCCUGGUAGAGAAGCUUCUGCAUUUGAGCAGGUCAUGAGGAAUACUCUACCAGAUCUAUUUGAUGCACAACCUGAUCUGCUCUUCCAACUUGUGACUAUGCUCAAUCCAUCUGUCCUGCGUGAUAAUGGUAUUCCGGUUUACAGUGUCAUGCAGGAGCCUGGAAAUUUUGUCAUUACUUUUCCUAAGUCUUUCCAUGCGGGUUUUAAUUUUGGCUUAAAUUGCGCUGAGGCUGUCAAUUUCGCUCCUGCUGAUUGGCUACCUCAUGGUAGAUUUGGAGCAGAGCUGUAUUGCAUGUAUCGCAAGGCAGCUAUUUUGUCUCAUGAAGAGCUUCUUUGCGUAUUUGCGAAGAGUACAUGUGAUGGAAAAGCCUUGCCACAUCUGAAGGAAGAAUUAUACAGGAUAUAUAUUAGUGAGAAGAGUACUAGAGAAGAACUUUGGAAAAAUGGCGUUUUCAGGUCAUGUAUGAUGGCCGCAAAGAAAAAUCCUAUGUAUGUUGGCACUGAAGAGGAUCAUACGUGCAUCAUAUGCCAACAAUAUUUGUAUCUAUCAGCCGUUUCCUGCAGUUGCAGGGCUACUACAUUUGUCUGCCUUAAGCAUUGGAAGCAUCUUUGUGAAUGUGAUUCAAGCCAACAUCGCCUUCUAUAUCGUUACUCUCUUGCAGAACUUGAUGACUUGAUAUCAAUGACUCCUUCCAUAUCUCAUAUGACGUCUCUCAAGAAUCCUUACCUUAAAAAUUCUCGGCAGAAUAUAUUCUCUCCCCAAAGUUCAAUUACUAUUAUAAAGAAGGUUAAAAACGGGCAAGUCACUUUUGUCGAACUUGCAGAAGAUUGGCUCUCCAAAGCUUGCAAUCUUUUGGAGAUUCCAUUUUCGAAUAAUGCUUAUGCUGCUAUGCUGAAUGAAGCUGAACAAUUUCUCUGGGCUGGGCAUGACAUGGAUCCAGUGCGCCAUGUUUUCAGUAAAUUGAUUGAUGCUCAGAAGUGGGCACUCAGUGUAAAAGAUUGUCUAUUUCGACUAGAGAGUUGCUUCUCAUUGAGGAGUGAUAAAGUAGACAAAGUAUCAUUAAACCAAAUUGAGGAGAUUCUGAGCAUUGAUCCUAUACCCUGUUGUGAGCCGGGUUUCCUCAAGUUGAAGGGAUAUGCAGAUGUUGCGAGGAAGUUGGUUAGUAAAAUAACAAAAGCUUUGUCAUCUUGCUUAGAUAUUGAAAAACUGGAAGUUAUACUCUCGAAAGCUAUGGAGUUUCCAAUUGACGUGGAAGAAACUAAAAUAUUAUCAUCCAAAAUCUCUUCUGCGAAGAUCUGGCUGAACAAUGUGCAAGCGUUCUUUUUUAAAGAAAGACCUAGAGCCAUUGAUAUUCUUUCCUUAAAUAGGUUAAAGACACAGAUGGCAGAGCUUCACGUUCAAUUUCCUGAGAUGGAUUUGCUUGCAAACUUCUGCAGAGAAGUUGAAUUGCUGCACUCUCGUUGUAAGGAGAUCUUGACCUGCCCCCUGAAACUGAAGUUUAUGGAACUUGACAGCUUAUUGAAGGAUGCUGAUAAAGUGCGAGUUUGCAUUCCAGAGUUGGACCUCUUGAGGCAUUUCCAUUCAGAUGCAUGUUCAUGGAGACAUGAUUUCUAUAAUAUCCUUGGUAAUCUUCCUAAUCGUGAAGAUCAUGAGAACGUUGUUGCUGAGCUUUCUGGCAUCUUAAAAUCUGGAAGGUCAUUGAGAAUUGAAGUGGAUGAGUUGCAACUGGUUGAGGCUGAGUUGGAGAGGUCAUGUUGCAGAGAGAAAGCAGUGAAGGUUCUUCAGGUUCGGAUGCCUCUUGAAUUCAUUCAAGAAGUAUUGAUGAAGGCCUCUUUAUUAGACAUAAGGAAUGAAAAAUUGUUUUUGAGGCUUUCUGAAGUAGACGCGGAAGCUGUUUUAUGGGAAAAAAGAGCUAAUUUUGUCCUUACAAACGGUGGUAGCAUGGCAGACUUUGAAGAUGUUCUAAGGGCUUCUGAGCAUGUGUUCACCAUUCUUCCUUCUCUGUCUGAUCUCAAGGGGACAAUUUCAAUGGCUCAGACUUGGAUCUGUAGAUCACAACUGUAUCUAACAUGCAAUAGACGAGCUGAGGAUAAAUUGAGUCCUGUACUUGGUAUUGAGGAUUUAGAGGAGUUGGUUACACUUUCUAAAUGUUUGAAGGUUAAUUUGCCUGGUUCAGAAAGACUUGAGAUGACUCUAAAUGACAUUUAUGAAUGGGAACACAAAACCUGUUUGUUGGUAGAAGAGACGGCAUCAUUUUUGGAAGAUGCUUCUAGUUUUACAACUGUUAAUGACAUUAUAUUAAGAACCGAGGAAUUGCUCAGCCGAGCCAACUCUGCUACUAAAAGUGGGAUUUCAUUAUGUGUUGUGCUAAGUGAAUUGCCAAAGCUUCAGCGUGCUACUUUGACUUUGCAAUGGAUCUUGAGUGGUCUAUCCUUUUGUACUAGGAUUCCGCUGGCCAAGGACGUUGAUAACUUACUUGAAGAUGUACGCUCUCUCCCAAGUGUGUUUGCAGGUUCCAAUUUGGUUCAAAUGUUGUUAAAAGGUGCAGCUUGGCUGAGAAAAGGUUUAAAUACAUUGUUUGAUCCUCAGAAUUCUAAACGGUGCACUCUAAAAGAGGUUGAAGAUGUUUUGGGAGAACUUCGGAAAACUGUAGUUCAAUAUCCUGUGAUGGUUGCUCACCUUCAAAAUUCAAUUGAAAAACAUAAAUCCUGGAUUUUUAAUGUGCAUGAACUUUUCAGUCAGCCUAGAAGUAAACGUUGGGCUUCUUUAGUGGAGCUUGAGGGGCAAGGACAUUCUAAUGCAUUUGACUGUCCAGAGCUAGCUAUAGUUACUCAUGAAGUUGGUGAGGUUAGAAGAUGGAUGUUCCAGUGCCAAGAUUAUGUACGGCCUUUGGUUGGUAACCUUGGUACUUUGUCCAUGGAGCUCAUAAAAAUCAAGGAAACCUUUCAUAAAGCAUUGUCAAUAUGUAGGAGUUUGAAUGGAUCUGAGACGAAAACUGUCUGCGUCUGUUGCCCCAAUGAUUCAGAAAAGCAUAGUGCGUGCAUGACCUGUGAGGACCGGUAUCAUUUCUCAUGCAUGGGCUUAUCGCUAGCUCUUGAAUUCAAUGAUAACAAUAUAUGCCCGUUUUGCUUUUACAUGAAAAGUGGAGUGGGUGCUCAAAAUGGAGAGAAAGCAUUGUUUUGUCGAGGGAAUCUUCCUGAAUUAAAGUCAUUUGUAAAGCUUGUUUCUGCUGCAGAGGACUUCUAUCCGGGGAUUGAAGAGGUAACUUUGGGGCAAGAAAUUGUUAAACUUGCUAGUGAGUGCCAGUCCAAUUUAUCUUGGGUGGUAGAUCAUGCAAAUACUCAUUAUAAGGAUUUCAAUGUCGUCUCGGAAUACCUUGUAUGCGCUUUAAAGGUAACUUUAGUUGCCGGAUUGUAUGAUCACGAUGGUUGUCACAAGCUUCAAACUGCCUUGUCUAGACAUGCGUGGAAUGUCAGAGUGAAGACGUUACUGAGUGGAGCGAAAAAAACAACCAUGCAGCAUGUUAAACAUAUAGAAAAAGAGGGUCUAGAGAUGGGAAUAACACAUCAAGAUCAUUUCAUGUUGGAAAUAGCUAAAGUAAAACAGGCUUGUUUGCAAUGGUUAGACUCAACAAAGAAGGCUGUGUCUGAUUUAGGAGAACUUGCAUUGAGUCGGGUCUUCGAACUGAUGAUCGAAGGAGAAAGUUUGCCCGUCCAUUUUGACGAGGAGAUGAAGUUAUUGAGAACCCGUAGCAUACUUUACUGUAUAUGUCGGAAGCCUGAUGACCGUAGACCCAUGAUUGCUUGUGACCAUUGUGAUGAGUGGUACCAUUUUGAUUGCCUUAAGUUGCACGAAGCACCUCGCAAGGCUUUUCUUUGUCCAGCUUGCAAGCCAUUAAAUGGAAAAUUAGUCUCUUUUCCCCGUCCCGUAUAUCAUGAAGAAAGAACAAGAAAUGAUGGAGAACCUCAAACUCCUGCUUGCCAUGAAUCUAAGCGGAGGAAACAGACUGGUAAGUUUGGCUCCUGUUUGGAAGGAGAGAUUGUAGAUGCUGUUGACAAAGACAGCAACUUUCUAAAAUGUUACAGUGAAAUUGAUCAUUUAUGGAGAAUGAAAAGGAGGCCUCUCCAAAGAGCUUCUAGAAAGCAUGGUAAUUUAGGGAGCUUUUAUCAGUUAUUGCCAUUCUCAGCGUCUAACCAGAUGAGCUAAUUUGUUUUUAUUCCAUUGUUUCUAUUCAAUUAUCAUGCCAUUCAUAUGCUACAGGCUCAAUAAACAAUUAGGUUAUUAUAUAGCAGCCAUUAUGGAUUAGUUAGUUUCUUUUUCCUAUUUUGAACUGAAUUGUCUCAAGUUUUUCAUUUUCGUGUUUCUUUCAUUCGAUCAGACUAUGCCGUAGUAUCUCUUCACAAGCAUUGAGAGCUUACUAUAUUCCACUAGUUAUUGUCAUAAAAAUGCUGAGUUUGAUGA